UGUGAGCAGGUGAGACACACCUGAGGAUCAGAGCAGAGCAGCAGAGCUUUCAGCCUUCGUCCCGAACUCUUCACUCUUUCAUCACGUCACGGUUUCAUUCAGACUUAACCGAACCACUUCCGGUUCUGUGACAGUCACAGCGGAGCGGCGAGACGCGUCCGGAGACGGCAAACGCUUUUCCUCCUGCUACACUGACACUGACUGCAGCUGAGAAUGCCUCCGUCCUCUUCAUCCCUCCUCCUCCUCCUCCUCCUCCUCCUCCUCCCCCUCCCCCUCGUGCGGCCCAUCGGAGCGGCGGAGGACGCGGCCUGCAGCGGCUCUUUCCGCGUCGUGCAGGAGAACUUCGUGCUGGACGCGGAGGACGCGGUGAAUGAGGGAGCGGCUCUGCUGUCCACCGCGCAUGUGCACUCAGAGGAGGUGUGCACGAGCGCGUGCUGCGAGGAGCCGAGCUGCAACUUGGCACUGCUGGAGCCGCGCGGCACCGGAGCUGCGGCGGAAAACCGCACCUGCGUCCUGUUCAACUGCGUCCACAGAAACCGCUUCGUGUGCAGGUUCGUGAACCAGAAGGGAUACCUGAGCUACAUCCGGGAGGCCGUGUACCGGAAACACCUGCAGGGGCCGCAGGGGGCAGGUGAACAGCCUCCGCCCAUCGCCAUCGCAGGCCGUGAUGUCAUUGUUCAGCUUGGCGAGCCAGUGUUACUCAAUGGCAUUCAGAGCCUGGCGCUGGGUAACGCCCACAUCACAGACUAUGACUGGACUGUGAAGAGUGGAAACGGCUCCAUCGGCACAGAGCUGCAGAAGACGGACCUACCUGACCAGGUGCAGGUGUCCUUCCGUCAGCCCGGCUCAUACGUCUUCCAGCUCACCGUCACCGACUCCAAUGACCAAUCACAUGCUGCCAACGUCACCGUCCUCGUCCUCAGCCAGGAGCUGUCCAGCUUGUACUGUCUGGCUCCAGUGAAGGUCGGCCCGUGUCGAGCUGCGUUUCCUCGCUGGCAUUACGACACUGACGCAGGAAAGUGUGAGAAGUUUGUGUUCGGAGGCUGUAAGGCAAACGACAACAACUUCCUGUCUGAGGAGGAUUGUCUGUCAGCCUGCAGAGGAGUCACAGUGAACAAGACGUUGCACGAGCUGUUGGACAUCGAUGUGAACCUGAGGAAAGCUCGGUGUGCGGAGCCCCCCCGCACAGGUCCAUGUCGGGCCAGUUUCAGCCGCUGGUACUACGACCCUCUGGACAGGAAGUGUUCCCGCUUCACAUACGGCGGCUGUGACGGAAACAAAAACAACUUUGAGGAAGAAGAGAAGUGCAAAGAGACGUGCAAAGGAGUGACAGAGCGUAACGUCUUCUUCAAAGGGUUGUUUUACCGCUAUGAGACGGAGGAGGAAAGUGACUCAGGAAACAUCGCGCUGGCCGUCUGUCUGUCGGUGGCCAUCUUGGCUCUGUUGGCCGUCCUCGCCUACUGUUUCCUCAAGUCCAGGAAGGAGCGCGCCCACCGGCCCAUCCCCACAAGCUCCGCCCACGUGCCGCUGUCAGGGCAGGAAACGUCUGUUUACAACUCCACCACCAAACCUGUAUGACGUCACCAGGCCUGUCGCCGUGACGAUCACGGAAGCUGUGUGACGUCAUGAGCAGGUUGAUGUCGUGUUGUGUUUUGUGUGUGAGGGUGUUUUUACGGUGCGUCGGGUUGUGGAUGUUAGUGUGUGUGUGUGUGUGUGUGUGUGUGUGUUUGGGUCUCUGUAAAUAUGAAGAUGUUCUAAUCUCAGGUCGUUUUAAUCUGCUGCCGCCAUGUUUUUAUCUUUUUAACAUUCACUGUCAAUAAAGUCACAAACAACAACAA